GUUUUGCAAAGCAAAAUGGCGGCGCGAGGCUGCGGUGGGGUUUGGCGCCGAGCGUUGCAGUGCGGCCCCGGGGGGUCUUGCUCUGCUUCCCGCCCUUGGCGGGCCGUCGCGUGCAACGCCGGAGGUGGGGCGGUGCCGCUGGGGCUGAGCGGUCUUGCUCCAUGGGCACCGGUUGUGGGUCUGGAAAUUCAUGCACAGAUCACUUCCAACUCAAAACUUUUCUCUGGCUCCCGAGUCCAGUUUGCAGCACCUCCUAAUUCUUUGGUAUCCUUCUUUGAUGCUUCUUUACCAGGAACUUUGCCAGUUCUCAACAGGAGAUGUGUAGAAGCAGCCGUCAUGACAGGCCUGGCACUCAACUGCACCAUAAACAAGAAAUCCUUGUUUGACAGAAAACACUAUUUCUAUGCAGAUCUGCCUGCUGGCUAUCAAAUCACUCAGCAAAGAGUUCCUCUUGCGGUGAAUGGGAGUCUGUCAUACAGUCUCUGCACGGAUAACAAGAUGAGCCAGAUGGUGACCAAAACUGUGAGGAUUAAACAAAUUCAGUUGGAGCAAGACAGUGGGAAAAGUCUCCAUGAUGAUGCAAGGAGCCAGACUCUCAUUGACUUGAACAGGGCUGGAGUCGGCCUCAUGGAGGUUGUAAUGGAGCCUGAUAUGUGCUGUGGGGAAGAAGCAGCUGCAGCAGUCAGAGAGCUUCAGCUUAUUCUUCAGACACUUGGGAGCAGCCAGGCAAUCAUGGCAGAGGGUCAGCUGAGAGUGGAUGCCAAUAUUUCUGUGCAUCACCCUGGAGAGCCUUACGGAGUAAGAACCGAAGUGAAGAAUAUCAAUAGCAUAAGAUUCCUGGCAAAAGCAAUAGACUAUGAAAUACAGAGGCAAAUUAAAGAACUUGAAAAUGGAGGAACAGUUCUCAAUGAAACAAGAGCAUUUGAUUCUAAGCUUGGGUGCACUGUACCAAUGAGAGACAAAGAGGGAAAGCAAGAUUAUCGGUUUAUGCCGGAGCCAAAUCUUCCCCCAUUGAUUCUAUACGAUGCUAAGUCUUUGCCAGCUAAUGUGAACCAUCAGCAAGUGGUAAAUAUCGAUUGGAUUCAUGAGAGACUUCCUGACCUUCCCAGUGUGAAGAGAGCAAAGCUUGUUGAACUGUAUGGGAUUCUUCCUGAACACAGCUUCACCUUAGUGAAUGAAGAUGGAUUAAUGGACUUCUUUGAAGAUGUGGUGAAACAGACCCAGAUGAAGCCGAAGAAAGUGAUCGGCUGGAUUCUGAGUGACCUACUCAGUCAUUUAAAACAACAUUCCCUUACAGCAAAGGAAAGCCCCAUCAGUUCUUUUCUCCUUGCUGACCUUCUGAACCUUCUAGAAAACGGAGACAUUUCUUCUUCAGCAGCAAAGCAGGUGUUUGAGGAACUGUGGAAGGGAGAAGGGAAGACUCCUCUUGAAAUCGUUAAAGAAAAGCAGCUUGAACUGAUACAAGAUCAAGAAGAACUUGAACAGAUCUGCCAGGCGGUGAUUGAUGAACGAGAAAAGGAGGUUAUGGCGAUAAAAGGAGGAAAUGAAAAAGUUAUCAAUAAGUUAAUUGGACUGGUUCGGAAAGCUACACGAGGCCGCGCCAACCCUCUUCUGGUGAAGCAAAUACUAGAGAAGAAGCUGUCAGAGUAGCCACAAGAGAAACUGGCCCAGCUGUCUACAGAAGACGUGCUUCGUUCUGUCUGGUUUGCUGCUAAUGAACGUUGGUGCCUCCUUGUCUGUCAGGAUUUUUUUCCCAGACUGGUUAUGCUUCAAGGAGCAUCAUGUUUUUGCCUUUCCCAGCUGCAUCGGCCAAAGGUGGAUGAGCAAAGGACCACCUCAACAGAAGCCGGCAGUCAUCUUACAUCUCCUUCAUUUCAGUGCAGCAUUCUGAAGUGUCAUUUCCAUAUAGCCAUAGGGAACACGUUCCCAGGAAAAUCUGUGAGUAUACAGAGCUAAGUUGCAUUGGUUAAUUUUGUAGUAGUAAAGCAAGUGUGAAUUCAGCUCUUACAGCUUCCUCUUUGUCAGAAGGGAAAUGCACAGAUCUGGAAUGCAGCAGUCCAGUGGUACAUACUAAUAACUCAAUGUUAAUUAGAGUGAGUACAUUUGUAGCUAAGAUCAAAACACCCAGCAGUAAUUAAGAAUGGCCACAUGUACCUUCAUGCCUAGCAGAAGGAAGAAAAAAAUGCUAGUCCUCAUUCUUCAUGUCUGAGGUAUGGGAAGGGACAAAGGCAGUAGAUGAGUCAGCAGUAGACAUUAAGUGGCUACGUAUAAUUAAUGCCACAUUCUUUGCUUGUCUUCACUUUGUAUGUGUCCAAACAUCUGCUUUGGCUACUCAGUGCUGUUUCAGUCCUGAACAAUUCAUAACUUACGUUUACCUGAGCCUAGGGCUUUAUGCUGUCACUUGGAACCGCAUCCACUCAAUGGAAGUAACUCAGAUAGCUUACUGAGAACUGAGCAGGAUUCAGCUUGGAUCCAGGAUCUGCUCCACUUAUUACUCCUAAGGAGGGUUUUACGUUGUGUUCUGGUUUAUAACUUCCAUUUUGCAGCCCAUAGCUUUAAGCACUCUCUGAAAUCAAAGCUCCUGGAGUUGAGUUCCCAGUCCCACCUCACCAACAUGUUUAAAUCCUUCAGUUGAUCAAACUAUUAACAGGAGACCCAACUGGAGGCAUCCAUUCAAAUUUACAACUAGUAAGAAAAGAAAUCCCAUUUACCAGCAGGAGUUUCUUAAAUCCCUUUCGCAGGCUGCUAAAUGGUACGUUUUAAAGACCACAUUUAUCUCAGACCUCAGUGUUGCUUCUUCAGAAUGGUUUUUGGGGCUAUGCCUGCCUGGCACGUGCUGCCAAAGGAGUGCAGCAGGUUGAGCACUGGGAUUUUUGUCAUCUUCUGCAGAAGUGAAAUUUGCAGCACCUAGUUCAAGCUAGGUUAAUGGCAAUUAAUUCUUACAAGUGCUAACGUGUCUCAAAGAGGAUAUUUCUGUACAAACUGGCUCAAGUUCAACUUGGAACCCUAAAUUGGAAGACAAGUAAAAAGAUGCUUUUCAAAUACAUGUAAUGGAUAAAUGUAUAUCCAUAAUUCAAUAAAAAUAACUACACAGUUCGAGGGAUGUGGCUGUCAAAAAGGAGUAACAUGGUUGCAAUCAAAAUUCCUGACCCUUAAAACAGCACAAAGCCAGGGUUUUCUUGUAGCCUGUCAUUUGCACAAAAACUUUUACUGGCAGUUUCCACAGAUUGAGCAAAAAGCACUAUUUUCUCUUAGCCAGUGGUGUAAGUUUUCAGUCAAUGGAAGGUUGACUGUACAGUCAAUAGACUAUACAGCAAACUUUAAAUUUUAGAACUGGAAUUUUGUUCAACCGCUGCCAUGGCAGGAAGAAACCAGAAGGCACAGGAGGUUCAGAGGUACUGCUGGGUUUAGAAAAACACAGUUGUUUCCAGAAGGUGGUACUCCAAGGUUAAUGCUUUCUGUUGCACAGCUUGAUGGGGCUGUGCCAAGCUGAUCCUUUAGAACAGUGGCUGCCUCUUCAAAAAUAAAUAAAUAAAGGAAAACGCAACAUGGUAUUUGGAACAGUAACAAUUAAGCUGUCUGUAAGAGAGGGAAGGAUCUCCCCUACGGUAGCAUGACUACUACUGGUCUGUUUCUUCAGUGGCUACUGCUUCUUAGCCACUCCUUACCUAAAUAAAUACUCUUUGCUAAUAUAGUACAAAAUCUGUCAAAAAUCACGAGCCAAGUUCCUUACGAGUAUAGCACUGGAUUUACUAUAAAUCUCAAUCUCUUUUAAAAUGGAUAACAGGGAAGAUACAGAGAAACAAUUGUAACAUUCUUCUCCUUCAAGGGAAGGUAAAGAUCAGCCACAGUCUAUGAACUUUGAACUAUAUUAAGAACCAGUCACUAGCUGAAUUUUUAAGUAAGUCUUUUGCAGACGCACAAACUGUAAAUUUCUUUCUGAUAUAAAAAAGCGUUUUGAGUCAAAGGAGAUGAAGAUGGUUAAUCUUUUUAACAUCUGUGGAGGUACCGGCCAUCAGGGUAGAAGUGGUUUUGGUUGAUGGCAACAGAAUGUAGAGAUGAGAACAGGCAGCGUGGCUGGCUUGCUUGAUUCUGACUCUCAUAGCAUCAGCCCUGUUACACAAGCCUGAUUGAAUGAAUACAAUCAAGACAUGAGCCUUCGCUGCUGGCCAAGAACCUGAAAAACCAUCCCAGAUGCCACAGCCACCGCCAUUCUGUGUGCUACAUGGAGCUAAAGGUAAAUCCUAAACAAACACUCCACAACUAAGUGCUGUACAACAGCCUGGCUUAGCUUUGUGUAACAAUAAUCUGCGGAACAUGUUAAAAGACAGAAGCAGCUUCUUAGAAUUUAGUAUCGGCUAUCAUGAAGACAAAUACAAAAAAAAACCACCCACCCCCAAAACCAGCAAGAUCAGGUGGAGCGUCUGACCACAAAGCAUUCAGUAUCAGAACAUUUUGCUGACCCACAGGUUGCUUUAGCAUGCUUGUAUCAAGGCUAGGAAGUUGAGAAUUAAGAUGGAGGCUUUGACCCUAGCUGUUAAGUCUUAUUUAAUUACAGCAGUUCUCCCCUAGCUUCUGAUUGGAGAUGCCAUCUGUGCAACAGCCAUCAGGCAGGGUGAAUUAAGGACAGUUUUGUGCAGAUUUUCAGCAGUAGCCGUUCACAACCAGAGGGCCAAGGAAAGCACUCACAAAUUAAUAGCUGACACCAGACACUGCCAUGACAAUCUCAUCUCAUCGUUGAUGGAGGUCACCCCGAGGCAGAGAGAUGAUACUUGGUGUCCUGUACAGCUGAGGUAUCCCUUACCCAAGGUUGCAGAAGAGGAUGAGAAAGUUGACAAAAAAGAUGCUGGCAGUGCUGAAGCAGUGCAAAAAGAAUUCCUAGCACUCAGCCUUGGCUGCAGAGUUUAAUUUUAACAGCGUUAAAAAUAGAAGCAUAUGAUAGGAACCUUAACUACAAAUUUACUCUCUUAAAAGUAUUCACACUGUAAUGCUGCUGCAGCCCCUCUCCACUCUGCUUGUGGCAUGGUGUCAGCUCCUGCAGUGUUCUCCUUUCUGCUCUGAGCACCCCCCUACUUAUAAAUUUCACAAUCGCUGACCUCAGUGCAGCACCUUCUCAGUAGUUUAUGACCUUGACAGUAAGAGUGGCUUUUUUUCUUUCUUAAACAAGUUUAGUUUUCCACCCACUGUCUAAAACUGCUCAAAAGAAAAGACAGAACCACCGGCUGGGCUUUUCUGCCUUUGCUUCUUGCAUCUACCUUGCAACACUGUUAAAAAUACUCUACAGUUCAUUAUUCUCUGCUACACCUAAUGGUCUUGUAAAGCCAACUUGCAGCAGACAGGAGGUCAAGAUUGAUCCUUCCAAGCACGCAGAAGCUUACCUGCAUUGGGUUGAUUGCUCAAUGAAAGCCUCCCCUGCCCCUGCAAGAAGCUGCAGUUUCAUAUAAUACAGAUACAAAGAGAGAAAUCUAUUACUAAGCAGUGGGAGGAAGGCAAAAAAAUCUAAACUCCUAAGUUGUCAGGGCCUGUGAUUUGCUGCUCCCUUUUCUGCAAUGGCAAAUUUACACUCCAUCCAAAAGUGCCUCUGGGCUAAGCAUGACCAGUAAUCAGGGAUUGCUGUGGCAAGAACAGAAGACUGCCAGCAAUGCUCUCUCUUUUCUGUCUGUGCCCCAGCACAUGGCCCAUAUCAGGCCCUACAGCCCGAUUUUAAACACAACAAAGCAAACCUCCAGCAGGAGAAGGAGUGCUCAGCUGCUGCCAUAAGACAACAUUGACUGGCCUUAGAGGAGCUUACAAAACUAUUACUUUUCUGGGGCUUUAAGCCUGACAGCGUUCAGAGCUGCACUUGGACUCGGAGCAGCACCAAGAGAAAUGAGAGUCCUGGGCACAGGCUGCAGCCAGAAGCACAGAGACCCGAGCCCUCUCUCUCUCCUUGGAGCACAGGCAGGUACCUUGCCUGCGCAAUGGCCAAGCUGCUGUUGCAGCGCUGAGUUGUGUGCGGCUUCAUUGUCCUGGAUUUAACUUAUUAUUUUUUUGGUCUAAAUCCAAGCUAUUUUUAAAGGAGACUGUAAUAAAGUACAGCUGCUGUGGGAUUGGCUUCUUCAGAAAUGUGAGUUUGCAGGUAUUUAGCCCACAAUACAUAAUCGUAUGCAGGCACCCUGCUGACGCGCUGGAGAAAGUUACUUGGUUGAGAAAUGCAGCCUUUGCACAAAAGUUCCAUCAGGGCUUCUAGCCCAGAGCCUUCAGUCUUAAUUUAAUCCAGCUGCCACACAAAGCCAUUAUAAUCAAUGAACAAAAUAAGAUUUGCACAGUCAGCAACAACCACCACUUUAAGUACUACGUGUUUAAGAAUACAAGUAAUGCCUCCUAUUCAUAAAUAAGAGGCUUCCAGCUGAGCAUGUAACAAAUGAAGUAGACUGACGCAGGGCCACAACAUGUUCAGCAAAGCUGAGGCCCCUGAAAAAUUAAGCACGUUUGCUCAGAGCUGGGCCUUCACGGAUCACGAAGUCACCAAACAGUGCUGCAUUCUGCGGCUGCCUUCGCUCCAACAGCCACCACCACUGUCCUGUGUUAUCCAAACACCUCCUUAUGCAAAUCUGACGCUAACAAGGAUCAGGCUUUUUUCCUGUUCUUGGCACAAUUCUGGUCCAGAAUACUAUAGCGCAAUGCUACCCAACUGGGAGGUUUCCACAGGAGACUGUCAUAUUCAUUUUCUCAAGUUUGCUCUGAACCUCUCCUUUUUGGCCGUUAAAUCAGGAUAAACACAAAUGUAAAUUUUCACUGAUUCACACAGUUGUGUGUGCCCCCUGCUAACCUGUGGUGUUUCACCCUCAAUUUUCUCAUUUCUGUAAGCAACCAGAGGGUCAGGAGCCCUCUGUUUCUGCUGAUGAUGUUCAGAAGGUACACAGAAGACGAUGCUAUGCUUACCUCAGUCCGCUCUAGAUGCAGCAGCAGCAUUACUGCACUGGACUGAAGGUAUCAGAGUCAAAAGAAAAGGAGGAAGAAAAUCCUGGUAUUCCAUCCACAACUGCAGAUGCAGUUUAAAUGUUACCAACUUAAUAGGAGCUGUCACAAAAACUGCAGGCAUGACAUAGCAAUUUCAGUAAAUACAGCACAGUAAAUUGCUUAUUAAAUCAAGCUGCCCUCAAACCAGAGCUGUGGCUGCAAAUUCAGAUGAUACAAUGACAUAAUUUAACCACACCAAAUCACACAGCUCCCAUCCUUUUCUUCCCAAUCCAGAGCUUUUAGAGCCUCUUACAGGAGCUAAAAACCUUCCUGAAGCGUAAAACCUUGUGCGAGGCGUAAGCACAGCACUCAAAACGGUAGCAAGCACUUGUGCACCAUGCUAGAGACAGUGCUUCUCUUGGUAAAUAGGACUUAACCUUCUAAACCUAAAUCCUUGGACAGGAGGUGACGCAACAAGUCUGUCUGCCAGUCUUUUCUCUGAAGGAGGAGUCUGUGUAGCUCUCAGGCCCUGUGCCUGGGCCAAGGAGCAUCUGGAGCGGUGCUGGUGGCAGGGACUCCGCUUGGGCACCACCUGCCAGAUGUUCUCCAGUUCCAGGCAAGGCUGCUGCCAAUCCCCAGAGACCACCCCAGCUGCUGGGUGUUUUUCUCCCACUCUGGGAAAUUCACUAACCUUAAUAAAAGCAUCAGAUUGAGUCUGAAAGGCAAAUGCACAAAGCAGUUACAGCAGCACAUCAGUGAACUUAGCCUUCUCGCAAAGUGACAAACCUCAAUAAGAAGGGCAAUAAUGAGCCAGCCAUGCCACAGGAACAUCUCAGGGCAUUCCCACAGCCGAGCACCACCGAGGGAACCUUCUCAUGGCCGCAAGGCAGCAAAGACCAGCAGCCUUCAUGUCAACUCUUCCAAAAUCCAAGUUCAGACGUUACCUGGACAAAUACCUGGAACUACAGCACUAGCAAACAUCUUGCUCGCCUGUAAAAUCCCAUUUUAUUUUGGGGCGCAUGGAGAAAAGAUUAAUUUAAGAUGGGUCAUCAACACAGCACGUGAAUCCCAAGUGAUGUGUAUGCUCAAGGAUCGGUACAUGUGAAGGAUGAUGCUGUUUGGAGCAACACUGCUAAGUGCUUUAUCCCAGUUAUAACAGGAACCGCCUUUGACCAAGAUGCCUCAAUGAAGAGAGAUGGUAUAAUGCAUUAUCUAACUGGAAAGAAGGAGCCUAUUAAACAAGCAUUGGGCUGAAGAACUUACACAGAAAAAGGCAAUUCAUCUUCAAAGGAUCAACAUUUUCAUGAUAAAUCACAGUUCCUGCAUUUUGAAGACAGGCAGAUGCAAUCCUUGCCAAUAUUUUUUCACUGGCUGCUGACAUGGUGCUUCUAUCACAGCUGAGACCUACCUGCAAGUCCAGUUCAGCUCAACAACCAAGAAAUACAGUGUUAAACAUACAGUGGCCAUUUCUGUAGUCCUAAGCUGGGGUUAGUGCACUUCCCCACCUCCUUAUGGGGGCUGACAGAUUCCCCUCUUACAAGGGAACGCUGUGUACAAACACAGUUGCAACCUUUCACCAAGAAGUCUUCCACAUCAUCCUAGUUUUCAGGGGCUAACUUUAUUCCACUGCAGCUCAUAAGGAAAAUCUUUCCAUUCCUCAAAUGUCCGGGUGCUUCUUGGAGCAGUCUACAUUUUAAGAACCCGAAAUAACUGCACAUCCCUGCUAAGUUGAACAUUGCCAUGUCUUUGCACAGUUGUUGAUAACACCAGGUAAAAUGAACAAUCUCAGAAGAAAUCACUCCCACUCAGCAAACAAAGAUUUUUAUUUCAGAAGAGAAACAAAAUGGUUCACAAAGUAAGCUUACUGCCUUAAGCAAUGGUCUGCAGAAUUCUUUUUUUCCUUUUUUUUUUUUUUAAAUAAAUAAAAGAUUUCUUUAAAAAACACAUGUGAUUACCACUGCAAUUUAGCGGUUGAUUCUGAACUGCUAGAAGUUAGCUUAUCACACAGAUUCACUGCUUUUGCUUACAAAGUACCCAGCAGGAGAGGAGUGCAGCACACCCUGGCUCUACACUCACAGUGCCAGAACACUUUCCACACACAAUGACACUGAACCCCUUCAGUAGGUUGAUGAGUCCAGCGUGAAGGACAGCAAUGCAUGUGGGUAGAAGUGAGAGUAGGGGAAGGACCCAUGAUUUCGUCUGGAUGCAGUGAAGUAUUUAUGAGUUAUAUCUUGUCUAUAACAGCAUCGUAGGAAAAAAAUAAAAAAAGGAAAAAGAAAAAA